GCCAGGUCGUUGCCACUAACACCAUGGCUUACAGCGGCUCCGAGGACGAGGGCCUUGGACUCGACGACGCCGACUUUGACAGAACCACGGAGGGAGACGACGACAUUGACGAUGAGAUUCUCGACGCGCUCGAGGGCGACCUUGCGGCGGAGGCUGCAGCGGAGGCCACAGAGGUGGAUGAGGACUCUCCUUCAGAUGAAUCGAGUGACGACGACGACGAUGUAGAUGAGGACGAACAACUGCGCAAGCCUGUCGUCCAAGAAGCUGUACCUCCACCGCUACCCGCAGGACCACCAGGGCAGGCGAGUGCUGCCGUCCCUCGAACUGCUACAGGAGUGUCCUCCGUAGAAGCCUCUCCAACAGAAGCACCCAGUCCUACCCUCCUUGCUCGACCCACAUCUCCCGCCUCUCUCCGUCGCGCAGCCAUCACCGCCUCUCUUACGCACCCCCGCUCCUACACUGUCGAAGCCAUCUGUGCCAUCCCACAUCCAGUGCCUACCCACUCACUCGCCGCCUCCGCGUGCAUGACGCACCUCCUCACCGGUUCCGACGACGGCUAUGUGCGCGACUACGACAUCUUCUCCGCCGUUAACGGCAAGUUAUUCCUUACCGCCCCACAGCGCCAUCACUGCAGUGUCAUAGAGGGCCUCAUGAAGGCCGGCCAGAUACGUUGCUGGUGGGAGAACCCUGCUCCUCCAGAUGCGGCCGCGCCUCCAGAAGAACCAGUGCUGUGCCCGGUGUAUAGUCUGGCAAUGCACUCGGACGCAUUGUGGGCGCUGGCAGGGUCGGACCGAGGUCACGUCAAUCUCUUUACCGUCCGCCAUGACCCUGGGCGGCUCAUUCAUUGCAUGCCUGGUCACCGCGGUCGGCCAAUAUCAGGUCUCUCACUGCAGCACGACGAGAUGGGCUUCUUCAGUGCCGGGUGGGACGGCUCCGCUCUGCAAUGGGACCUCAACACGGGCCAAUGUGUUCGCAACUUUACGGCGCACAGCGCACAGCUCACAGCCAUUGCCGUGCGCCCGGUAGUUCGGCAGUACGACGGACACCACUGGAGCUCCCCGACACUUCGAGGGAAACACAUAGCUCCGGAUUUCGGUCAAGCCGCCAUGACAUCUGGGGCCCCCGCAGCUCUAGACGCGGCCUACAAGAUGGAGGACGAUACAAAGUCGGAGAUGUCGUACGACCCGCUCUUCGACGAGCCAGACGCGGAUGGGGAGCCUGACGGGCAGUCGCAGAGGCCCGCGCAGUCGGGCGCACCACGGCUGGCAUUCCCCGGCGCGCACGCGCAGGAGACGGGGCGGAGCGCUCCCGCGCCGCGGAACGCGCCGCCCGUGGUCGGCUCGACGAUGUACAGCGCGUUCUCGCCGGACAUCCUGAUGACUGCCAGCAUCGACGGACAGGUCAUCCUCUGGGACACGCGCGUGAACGCGCCGGGCCGUGGCGUCGGCCGCCUGUGGAUGAGCGAGAAGACACCGCCGUGGUGCGUGAGUGCGUGCUGGAGCGCGGACGGCGCGCAGAUCUAUGCGGGCAGGAGGAAUGGUACGGUGGACGCGUGGGAUGUGCGCCAGACGGGCCGCCCGGGGACCCCGAGGAUCUUGAAGACGUUGAGAAACCCGGUCAGUUCGGGAGUGAUAUCGUGUGUGGUUGCGUUCCCGGAUGGGAGGCACAUUGCUUGCGCGUCCAAUGACAACAUCCGGCUGUGGAACGUCGCAGAAGCGGGCGAGCCCGACGCGUCAGGCAAGAUGAAGAGCGGUGUGCAAUUCAAAAUCAUACCCGGCCACCACGGAGGCUUCAUUUCGCAGAUGUUGGUGGAUCCUGCCGCGCGGUUCAUGGUGACCGCGAGCAGCAACCGGGGAUGGCACGGAGAGUCGACACGCACUGUAUUUGUACACGAAAUCAAGCAUCUGCGCUGACUA